CUAAAGGAGUCAAGCUGAGAACAUCAGACAUCACACCGACAGAAGACAAGAUGUUUACACAAAGACAGACGUACCUGGAGAAGGCCCUCCUCUCGGCAGUGGCGGUGGUGCUUCUCCUGACCACAGCAGGACAAUGUGCUAUGCUGACUGAUGACCUGCAGACCACAACGACUCCUGCUCUAUCAAACUCAACUCUGACCACACAGAUCGACAACAGCAGUAUGGAGGGACCUCGGGUCCUGCGCUCACACAGAUCCUGUUCAAGUGAACAUGCAAAUUACUGUCAUAACGGUGGAGAGUGCAUGUUCCCCCAGGACAGUGUCGAACCUUCCUGCAUUUGCACUCCUGCGUACAACGGGCCUCGCUGCAUGUACAUCAUUGGCCACAGUCAAUCGGCGCCUGAGUUAGAGAAGAUGAUUGCCCUCAUUUUUGGGGUACUCAUGUUCAUCUUAGUGCUGGCCAUCAUCAUAUAUGUCCUUGCCUACAAGAAGUGUAUGAAAUCAGCGCAACUAAUCAAGUCUGCACCAUCUGAGUCUUCAGUGUGACCCCAUGCAACUCAAUGUCCAUCAUCACUACCUUUUCCAGUAUUAUGAUUCAAUACAAAAACAUAUACCAUAACAUGAUGUCAUCACACUGAAUAAUCCACGGCAUUGACAAUGAUUUACAGAGAAAUUAAGAGAGGAGAGUGUGUCAGAACAGGGUCAGAUAUUUUUCAUCAUAUUGUCCUUUAAAAAAGAGACCAAUGCCAAUAUGAAUAUUUAUUGUAAUUAACUUAUUUUAAGUGCUCCAUUUAUUUAAAUUGUUGUAAUAAAUUUAUGAAAACUGUU